AUGAGAUCAUCUCCCGUCCUUCCCAUAAGGGUACUCACCCACAAUGUUCGACAUUUGACUGACGAGCUCUUCCAGGGGGAGCUCCAUUGGUCUGAUCGCAGUCAGCUAGUCAUAAACGAAUUGAAUUACCAUUCUCGCGGCCACAACGAAACAUUUAUUUGUCUACAAGAGGUCCUUCAUGAACAGCUUAACGAUAUCCUGGAAGGAUUGAAUCUAUCAUCUUCCCAGAAAUGGUCUUGGAUUGGGCCAUCCAUAUGGGAUUUGCUUUGCGCGGAAACUGUGUGGUUGUCCGAGACUCCUACGAAACCUUCCAAGAGUUGGGAUUCUGCCUCAAUUCGGAUUGUCACUAUUGGUGUCUUCAAUCACAAAAUUAGCGGGAGCACUGUUCUUGCUCUGAAUACACACCUGGAUGACCAGGGCUCCCGUGCCCGCCUGGAGGGAGCACGUAUCAUUCGUGCCAAGAUACAGCAAUACCAUCAGGGUACCUACGGACCACUAUUAUCUGGGACCUUCUUAACAGGAGACUUGAAUAGUGAAGAAACACAGGAAGCUUACUUGGAGUUUACUCAAGAGGGCGGUCUCUUGGAUACUUAUAAACUCGUCCCUACCUCCCAACGAUAUGGAGAUCAUAACACAUACACCGGGUUCGGAUACGAGGGAGAGCCGCCGACAAGGAUUGAUUUCGUUUUGCUAGUGGUGGGAGGGAAUCAAAAAUGGCGGACAGAUGGGUAUUCCGUCCUGCAAAAUAAAUUCGACGGUGAGGUCCUGAAUUCAGACCAUCGCGCUGUGGUUGCAGAUCUUGCCCUCGUGAAGUAG